AUGGCCGCCCGUCCUCAGAACAUCGGCAUCAAGGCCAUUGAACUCUACUUCCCUAGCCAGUAUGUCGAGCAGUCCGAGCUUGAGAAGCACGAUGGCGUGAGCGCCGGAAAGUACACAAUCGGUCUUGGCCAGACUAAGAUGACCUUCUGUGACGACCGAGAGGACAUCUACUCGCUCGCCCUGACCGCCGUCUCCAAGUUGAUCAAGAACUACAAUAUCGACGUCAACAAUGUCGGCCGCCUCGAGGUCGGUACCGAGACCAUCCUGGACAAGUCCAAGUCGGUCAAGUCCGUCUUGAUGCAGCUGUUUGGCGACAACGCCAACGUCGAGGGUGUUGAUACCGUCAACGCCUGCUACGGCGGCACCAACGCCAUGUUCAACAGCGUCAACUGGGUCGAGUCGUCGGCCUGGGACGGCAGAGACGCCAUCGUCGUUGCUGGCGACAUUGCUCUGUACGCCAAGGGCAAUGCCAGACCCACCGGUGGUGUUGGUUGCGUUGCCAUGCUCGUCGGGCCCGACGCUCCCAUUGUCGUUGAGCCCGGCAUGCGUGGAACCUACAUGGAGCACGUCUACGACUUCUACAAGCCCGAUCUGACCAGCGAGUACCCCUACGUCGAUGGCCACUACUCCGUCAACUGCUACUCAAAGGCCCUGGACGCCGCCUACCGCGCAUACUGCAAGCGUGAGGCCCAGCUGUCCAAGGCCGCAGGCAACGGCCACGCCAACGGCAAUGGCGCUGCCACCGAGGGCCCUGUCAAGACCCCCCUCGACCGCUUCGACUACCUGGCCUUCCACUCGCCUACCUGCAAGGUCGUCCAGAAGUCGUACGCCCGUCUUCUGUACCACGACUACCUCGCCGACCCCGAGAGCUCUGCUUUCACCGAGGUCCCCGCCGAGGUGCGUGAUAUGCCCUACGAGAAGUCGCUCACCGACAAGGUCGUCGAGAAGACCUUCAUGGCCCUCACCAAGAAGCGCUUCGCCGAGCGCGUGUCGCCUGCCAUCCAGGUCGCCACCAUGUGCGGAAACAUGUACUGCGCCAGCGUGUGGAGCGGUCUCUCCAGCAUCAUCGCCCAUGUCGACAGCGCCACCCUCCAGGGCAAGCGCAUCGGUCUUUUCAGUUACGGCUCUGGCUUGGCUGCCAGUUUCUUUUCGCUCCGCAUCAACGGCAGCACUGAGCAGAUCUCCAAGGUUUUGGACAUCCCCAACAAGCUGGCUGCCCGCCGGGCACUGACCCCUGCGCAAUACGAGGAGUUCUGUGACCUGCGUCACCAGGCCCACCUCCAGAAGGACUACACCCCCAAGGGUGACGUUUCGACCAUUGCCCCCGGCACUUACUACCUCGAGAAGGUUGAUGCCAUGUUCAAGCGAACCUACGCCAUCAAGGAAUAG